GUGUCACAGCAGGACUGAUUCUGCUCCGAGACAAGUUGGAAAACCUGGGCUGCAUCCUCCAAGGACGCAGUCUACCUAGACUGGAUCCUUCGAAGUCCUUGAACAUAAGGAGACCGGAAGAGUUUUGGCUGUGAAUUCGAACAGACCCCUAAGAUUCCAGCUAUUAUCCAUGGAGGCAACUGGAGCAGGCAGGCAGAUGGAGAAGCUGCAGGAGGAUCUCAGCAAGCUGCAGCUUUCAGAGGAGCUCAUGCCUGAAUCCUGCAGGAUCAACUCCCCAAAGGAAGAGCAGCUGCUGGAAACCGCAGACAACUUCCAUCAGCAGUAUGUGCUCCUGCAUCCUGAUAGUAAACCUCUGCUGCUCUGCCCCGUCAAUGAGUGUGGCGUCAGGAAGUUCAUAUCCACCACGGUUCAGCCUGUAGCCUCGAACCUUGGUGACCUCUUCUACUGGCAGGACUGUUCCUCGUUCGUAGCCGACUUCCUGUCCCUGCGGCCUCUGGAGCCGCCGACUGAGUUGCCCAGACAGCUGUUCUCCCCCACAUAUGUGUUGAGCAAUCAGAAGGCCACCUGUUUCGAAUCCUCCACCCUGCUCUGCAGCAUGCUGCUGGCCCGGAACUACCACGCCUACUGCGUCAGCGGCUACACCUCCAGAGAGAUGUGCCUGCUGGACCAGAGCCUGCAGCAGUGCCCCCUGUUGGACACGGAGGAGGUCCAGGAAGAAACCUCUGAGCAGAGACAGCAGCAGAAAGACAUGGUCAGGCUUCUGGGGGAGCUCGGAACUGCCUCUCUGAUGGAGCAGGAGAGGCAGGAACAGGAAGCUGCUGAAGGAGCUACAACAGCUUUGCUUCAGAAGGAGCUACAGGAGCAGAUUGAAAGUCGACGUCUUCCUGACCCCCUGGAAGGACUUCGGAUUCACUGCUGGGUUCUGGUUCUGUCGGGAAAACACGACAUCGAGGAGAACUUCUUCAUCGACCCCCUCACAGGAAGCAGUUUUCCCACAAACGACAAGAACUUCCAGUCCAUAGAGAGCGUAUGGGACAACUACAACUGCUAUAUUAACAGGCAGCGGUGCAUCGAUAGCUGCAAGCAGGAUGUGUGCUUCAACUUUGAAGACCGCAAUCUCUGGGAGAAGGUCUUAGAAGGUGCAAUCAGCCAACAGCAACUGGAAAAACUGGCCCUGAGAAGGGAAAAAGAAGGUUCAAAGGGAAUGGCCCAAUUGAUGCAGGGCAUUAUUCCCAGGAAGUUUGUCCUCCACAGCUCUUGGGUCAGCUACAUCAACAUCUCACGUGAAGACUUGAAGAAAAGGUUUCCAGGGGGAAAGAAGGAGACGCGCUUCAGGAGGGCAAAGCUGGAGAGGUUUUCACCAACUGUGACCAAAGAUGGCCUCAUCCGCAGAUUAACAACAUACAAAGACCUGGACUGCACAGAGGUCACCAGGGUCAAAGAGUGGUACAAAAACAGAAGUGAUUAUUUGGAGGAGAGAGAAAUUAACAAGGUGGAGAACGUGACUACUGAGCGCUUCAGAUCUCGAGGAAUUGGGACCCUUUUAUUUCAUAGGUGGAAACCAGUGAGUUCUGGUAUUGAACGGAUGAUGCGGUUUGAAACCUACAAAGGGUUACCUGGUCUGAGGCAAAGAGUGUUAUCGCCACAGUUCCUUGAGGAAACCUUUUUGGACCGAAGUGACUUCCUGUAUUUCAGACGCGUCACCUUCAGGCUUGACGAUCAGCCUUUGAAAGCCGAUCAUCCGGGAACCCCGCUGGAGGACCUUGGUGUGCUGAAAGUGGUGGAGCGUUUCCAUAGGAACCAAUCCAAACCAGCCAACGACCACGUGGCCCAGCGGGUGUUUCUGCUGCCAGAUUGGAUCCUGUUGACCUAUCACCUCAUGGACCACUACACUAUCCCUUCAGCAAGGCGCAUCAGAAGAAUAAACAAAAACUUUCCCAUACCUCCUGACCUGUGCUCCGAGUUCCAGGCGGACCGCUCUCUGAAGCCUCUGGGGCCGCUGUCCUUCUGCAGGCUGUUGGAUGACAUGAACGCCGAGGAAUACAACGUGGCCCUCCAGAUCAAAGAGUCUCUGAUGGAGGUGGAGAACUUCCUGGCCUCCAGAGAGCAGCAGGAGAAAGAGUUGAUAGUUUUCUCAUCAGUAAUGGACCGGUUUAAAUGCCUUUAGAGGGAAGCUGCAAAGAUGCUGCAGACUAUCGCUGAUCCAUUCAACAAGGAAUUCCCGGUUUGGGGACAAAAGAAAAGCAAAAGUAGCCCCAUCCGAAGGAGGCGGCGGUCGUGUCAGAUAUUUACUCAUAAACAUGAGAUCCGUAAUUAUAUAUUUGUAAUCCAUGCUCAUAGACUUGUGUUUAGAGACUUAUUUCUGUGUACUCAGUUGUUAUAAGAUGUGUGUUUAUGUGACUGUUAUGAAGUGCAGUUUGUAGUUUUGCCACAAUGUGUUCCUGUUAGACUGGCAAGAAGGGCGCCAAUGCAUUUUUUUUUUCUGUUGACCAGCUCCUGUUCUCUGUUUUGAGCACAUGGUUUUCUGAGGGUCUGGUGAAUAAAUAU